UGAAGGGCCCAUAUAAAAACACCAUGCAAUUGAGAAUCAGUAGGAAUAUUUUCCUAGAGACCUGGAUAUACAAGAAUUCUGAUCUCAUGUUUUCCUUGGUUUUUCUUUGUUAUUGAUCUCUCUCUCUCUCAUACCUAUAUGUUCAGGUAAGCAAAUGAAAUCAGAAGAAAAUUCGUUCAUCCUGGUAGAAUAAAUUAACUUAUUUCAAAAUUGAUGAGAUUUGAGUUCUUUCUUUCUCUCUCUCUUAAUUUGCAUUGGAAAUCUGCUUUGAAUCAAUCAUGAAAAGCCCUCCAAAAGGACCUGCAGAUAGUUUUUCCAGGGAUUUUUUCUCGUAUUCAUAUUUAACUCCUUGGACUCUUCCAAAAACGGUGAUCAGCUUGAUCAUUGUAAUCUCUCUUCCCUACGUCUUUUAUUCAUUUAGAUUGUUAUAUUCUUCAAAUCCUCCAACCCAACAAGCUGUAGUUCACGAUCUUCUUCAAUCUCAACCUCAUCCUGGAUUUCAAAACAAUUUCUUACGCACGGAUGUAUCAUCAACUAACAAUAAUGAGCAGGACCCAGAAACAACGAGCCUCAAACACAUAGUUUUCGGCAUUGGAGCCUCGUCUUCCACAUGGAACCAGAGAAAAAAUUACCUCAAGUUAUGGUGGAGACCGAUAGAAAUGCGAGGCCACGUUUGGCUGAACAAGCCUGCCGAAUACAGUGCUGAUGAUUAUAAGUCUUUACCACCCUUGAAGAUCUCAAGCGACACAUCACAAUUCGAUUACAAACACCCUUGGGGUACGCGAGACGCCAUACGAAUGUCAAGGAUUGUUUCAGAGUCUCUGAGGUUAGGCUUGAAGGAUGUAAGGUGGUUCGUAAUGGGUGAUGAUGAUACAGUUUUUAUUGCUGAUAAUUUGGUUAGGGUUUUGUCAAAGUAUGAUCAUAAUCAGUUUUAUUAUAUAGGGAGUCCAUCGGAGACUCGUAUGCAGAAUUUAAAUUUUUAUUUUGGUAUGGCAUUUGGUGGUGGUGGAUUUGCUAUAAGUUAUCCAUUAGCAAAAGCUCUCGAGAAAAUGCAAGAUCGCUGCUUACAGAAAUAUUCUUCUUUAUACGGUUCUGAUACAAGGAUUCAUGCUUGUUUAUCAGAGCUUGGCGUUCCUCUCACCAGAGAACAAGGAUUUCAUCAGUUUGAUAUGCACGGCAACAUUUACGGCUACCUGGCGGCUCAUCCGCUUGCGCCUGUUGUGUCUCUCCACCACUUAGAUUUGGUGGAGCCGAUCUUCCCAGACAUGGACCGAGUGGAGGCGGUGCAACGCCUGAUGGAACCAAUGAAAUUAGACUCAGCGGCACUGGUUCAACAAUCCUUUUGCUACGACAAAAACAGGACCUGGACGGUAUCCAUUUCAUGGGGAUAUGCAGUGCAAAUUGUACGGGGCAUACAUACAGCCAGUGAAUUAGAAACUCCUGCAAAAACCUUCCUGGAUUGGAAUUCAAGAGGCGAUGAUGCGGCAUUUGACUUCAAUGUUCGCUCUAUUGGCCUCGUUCCUUGCGAAACUCCAUUUGUUUACUUUCUUUCCAAUGCACUGUACAAUGCCACUACUGAUCAGACUGCUACUGAAUAUAUUCGUUAUCGGGCACAUAUCCCAUCUUGUAAUUGGAAGAUUCCAGAUCCUUCUGAAAUCCACAGAGUCGAGGUUUACAAGAAACCUAAUCCAGAUUUAUGGAACAAGUCUCCGAGAAGAAAUUGCUGCAGGAUCUUGCCAACUAAGAAGAACCGGACUUUGGUGGUUGAUGUGAGUGUUUGCAGAGAAGACCAGACUGUUGUUGAUUGACAGUUUAUAGGAUUUUUGUAAAUUUUCUCAAAUUUUACUUGGAAAGGGAAACCACUUAAAGGGUUUUUCUUUGAAUUGCAGAAUUAUGUUUCUGUAAAAUCAAUGCUCUUCAAUCCACUCUUUGAGCAAAA